AUGGGCAGGAAGCUGCGACAGGGCAACCAUAUAACUCACAUCAAGUCAGGUACAUUUUCAAAUUUACUUAGCCUCAACAAGUUGACCCUGUCUCGGAAUCAAAUAUCUUACAUUUAUCCAGGUGCAUUUACGAAACUACCCCAGCUUCAAGUUUUAAAGCUGUAUAGCAACAAGAUAACUGAAAUACAGACAGGGACGAUUUCAAAUCUACUCAGGCUCCGAUGGUUGUCAUUGCAGUAUAAUCAGAUAACUUCCAUAGAGUCACAUACGUUCUCAAACCUACCACAUCACAUCCAGUCAGGUACAGGCACAAAUUUAUCCAACCUCGAGUCUUUGAAUCUGGCCUGCAACAGGAUUACUUGCAUUCCUUUUGGUGAAUUCUCAAAUCUACCCAAGCUGACAUCUUUGGACUUGUCUUUCAAUAAGAUAACUUACAUUCAGUCAGAAACAUUCUCAAAUCUGCCCAAACUCAAAUAUUUUUACAUAUACAGCAUCAACACCUUCAUUUAG